ACACGCAGAUGUCAUUACCCGCGAGUAGGUAAGUAAAUUAUGUAAUUGUAAAGCGGCCAAUGAACGUCGUAUGCAUUAGUGUUGGUGGGGGUGAGUGACGUCACGUGUGAAAAUGCCUCUCCUCAUCCCUCCUGGCAGCGCGCGCCGUACACUGUCGGACAGGAACGAGGCAGUGCGUUCAAAAUGGCAGACGGUUUGUGUACGGGCGAAACAGUUGGAAAUUUAAUCGAAAAAACAUUAGUUAAAAAUUAUGAUAAGGUUAUCGAAAGCAUCGAUAAUGACUGUGUGAAUGAUGUUAGGUGUGAGAAAGUGAAUUCCUUCUAUAUUUCAAGUGACAGUGAUAAAUUAUUUGAUAAGUUGUGUGGUGUAAAGGGCUCAAAGCAUGAAGGAUUCUUGCAGAUGGACGAAGACUGCCGAAAAAAAAGAUGUGCCGACAGAUACGACAGUUCCGAAUCUUCAGACAGGUAAGACAUGUGAUAUCCCAAGCAACACAAGAAACGUACGUGUGUUUAUGGAAUGGGUGUAAAGUGCAUGGUCGCACUUCUUGUUCCCGGUCAUGGUUAGAACGUCAUGUUCUUGCCCAUGCUGGUACCAAACCUUUUCGAUGUAUAGUCGAAGGAUGUGGCAUGCGAUUCAACUCACAAAUUUCGUUAGAACGGCACGUCAACAACCAUUUUAACAGCGAUGGAUCUCAAAAUGGUACUGCAAAGAAGAGCGUGGAAAAUGGUUCGGCGAAAUUGUUCAAGAGGAACGGGAAGAAGAUUCGAUUCAGAAGACAACCCUGGUCAGCGCGAAUGUUUGAUUUCUUCGAUUCUGGGAUUAUGGAAGGACUUCAGGAUCGUCUGCUAAGGAUGACUGAAAAGCGAACUAUGGGACAGAUAGAGGGAGUCUCAGGGGAUGUUAUGAUGCUUCGAGGACAGGUGCUUGCAACAAGGGUGCAGAAGAAUGGACAGAAACAACUUCUAGUCAAAUGGCACCCUGCUGACAUUACUCCAGAUGAGUGGGUUAAUGAAAAUGAAUAUAGCUCGUCGAAAACUGUUUCGAUCCGUUCGUUGGAGCCGUCUUCGGUGGAUAAUUUAAAACCCAUUUUGUUUCCUUCGCUUCGAAAUAGUCAACAAGAAGAACAACAACAACCAAAAAGGCUCAAGCAUCAGCGCAAACCUAAAAAAAAUACGUGAUAAACAAGCAAAAAUUCUCAGACAAACACUUUGUGAUCUGUUCGAGCAAGCGCAAAAAGAAACAAAUUGAACACAUCACACAGAGUUUUGUAAAACUGGAGAAGAGAGAAGACAAAAAAGUACAGAUGAAUGAUAGCUGAUUAUUAUGAUAAGGUAAGAGAGAAGCGCAUAGUAUUGUAUAUUUCGCAUUAUUGAUUGUGGAGUCUUUCACUGUGUACAGUAUAGAGUGUAUGUAUUGUAAGUAAAACGUAAGCUAAGUUCUCUUCGUCGCAGACGUACGGGAACUUGUUUAAAUAGUUGCAACCAGCCCUGAGACACUGCCAUGUCACUGGUUAAAUUCUAGUUAUUAGAAUAGACUAGCUAAAUUUUUUAAUACAUAAUGUAGUUCGUGUGAUUUCCUCAUUCGUAUUUUAUCAUUUGUUUCCCAUUUCGUCUCAUUUUGAUCAUACUGUAACGGUUAACUAUAAUAAUUCACGGUAUUAUUGUUAUGCAAGCCGUUUAUAAUUUAAGUUAUUGUAAUUAUUAAGUAAUUAAUAUCUUCAACGUCGUCGUCAUCAUCGAUAUCAUUAUGAUUGUAAUCGUAAGGUAAUUUUUGUCGAUCGUUAUCAGCGUAAUUAACAGAAAGGUGGACUCAAAAGGAAACAUCAAAAAUCGGCAUUCGACAUUCCUCCUUGUGUGUUCUUAUUAUUUUUUUAUGUAACUUGAAAUUUGCAAAUGCGGGAGUACAUGCACUCAGAAAAGUUAUUCGCGGUUUCUCAUUAUCAAACAUUCAAUGAGAAAUUAAUUUUCCCAAAACGCCUAAAACUCACGUCUGUGGUGCCCUUCCUUCCUAAAUUAACAUUAAAUUUGUGCAUUUCUUUCGAUCACAGUUGUUCUAAAUCAUGCAUUUCAAGUGAUUUUCUUAAUUGUGAUAAUUAAAACUUCAUUUGACUACAUUUUAAGAAAAGAAUUUAUAACUUCAAUCAGUAAUUUAUUUGAAAUAAAUGCAGUGUAAAAGUAAUACAUAUGACAGGGUAUGUAUACAAAUAUAAAUUGCUGAAAAGCACCGUAUAACGGUGAGCCUGCGAACUAAGUCUCAUGUGCAGCGCAGUCUAUCGUCAAAGUCAAAACUAAACAUAGGAGCAGCGUCGUGUAGCGAAAAGGUCGUCAACUUAAACGUAUAAUUUUCACAUUUUGAAUUAUAAGGAGAUACAAUUUUGGCAUUUUUAAUUUCCGGCUUUAAUGUCGCUUUCUGCAUUUAAUAUAUUUUUUCCGUUUUACACAGACGUUUUGAAUAUCGAACAUUAAAGUCAUUUCCUGAAUUUAAAGAAAUAUAAUUUUCGCAUUUUGAAUUUCAAGUUACUGCUUUCAGUUGCUAUUGAUAUACAUAAGUGCAAUUUCGUAAAUUGAAAUUGGCAUGAAUCUUACUAGUAAAGAAGGACUUGCUCUUGUGCGUGUGUAAGAUAAAGGCCAAUUUAGAAUUUACAAAAUUGCUAAUUUUAAUUAAAACUGUGUGAUUUUUGUGUAGAUACUAAAUGUGUUCUAGUAAAUUUAAUUUGUAAUGGUAGUGAUGUAAGAGAAAUUACACUGCCAGGUUACUGCCACAAACAGUGCUUACUACUUAAAAAAAGAACUAGGAAAUAAAAAAACGCUAGUAUCAUGCGAAGUAAAGUUUCGGUGCCAUUUUUUUUUUUAAUUAUAUGACAUUUACAAAGGUCAGUUAAAGUGAAAAAUUCAUGAACCAUGCAAUGUUUUGUUUGUUAUUAAUUUAGUAUUUAUUCGGUGUUCAAGUAAGUGAAAUCCAUUCUAGAUAAUUUUUUUGAAAUGAUCUCGUCGUGUU